AUGAACGCUCCGCGGAGGCGCCCUUGCGACCAAACCCGUCCCUGCCAGCUGAUCCAGUGGCGCGAGAAGCUGCCCGACAGACUGAGAAUCGAGUCCUACGCAACCACCUCCCGGCAGACAUCACUGCUUCAGAUGCAGGCUCUGUCUCUGCAGCUGGCAUAUGACAAUCUCAAAAUCAUCCUACACCGCAGCGCGGCGUUCCGUGUGGCCGAUGACGCCAGCAGAGUCGACGCGACAAGCAUCUCGAGCCCCUUUUCUCACCGGCAGCUAUUCGAAGCUGCUAUCCGGACGUCAGACUUGCACAAAUACGCGCAUGUGCUGCGGGAGUGUCAAAGGACCCAUGCGAACAUGCACAUUGGUAUCACGCUCUUCACCGCCGGCGUGGUCCUGUGUGCGAUUUGUCUGUUCCAGCCCAUGUCCAAGGUCAGCCAGAGGGCCAAGACGGGCAUAUCACAUCAUCCGGAUUUGCCACGACAACUCGUCGGCGCAGCACCUCGUUUCGGCCCAGGGGAACUAGUAUUUGAGCGCCAUGUGCAACGACCUGCUCCCCCGGGAGACGCACAAAAAGGUCUGCAGCCAGGCGAUGACAACAUGGGCCAGCAUCGGAAUCCGGGAGCUGAAUCGGGCGCUGCCCAGGUGGUCGAUCCGGCCACGGGAUUUGACUGGGAUGGGGAGUUGUCGCUGUUGGCAGACUCUGGGCUUGGAGAUGCCAGCCAGUUGUGGCUUUGGGCGGAUAACCUCAACCAUGACUCUUUUGCAGAGUUUAACGACGCUCGGCUCCGCCAAGCUUGCUACCGCUUGGCGCCAUCUACGACAUCCCGCUGGAAAUCUUCAAGGAUGCCGAAUAAACAUUCACCAGACGCUGGGGAACUGCUGGAAGCAGCCGAUGAGCAGGCCAUUUGCGGUGAUUCACAUCCUACGAGCUCAACGAAUUUGAUCUGGAGGGGAUCUGUUCUCACCGACACAAUGUCGUGUUGGUCUCGAAUAUAG